AUGUGCAACAACAUGACAUACCUUAUUCCAGAUCCUCUUAUACCUCCUUUAAAAUUUAAUUCCAUCCAAUCCAAUCUUUAUAGAGGGGCUUACCCACGGGAGAUCAAUUACCCAUUUCUUUUAACACUAAAAUUAAAAACUAUAAUAUCGCUUACCCCAGAACCGAUAACUGAGGAGACAGAUCUGCAGUUAUUUGAAUUUGCACAUAAUAAUGGAAUAAAUUUGGUUCAUUUAGAGUGUACAAAGCUGGGUAAAGGUAAAAAGAGAGGCGUUCCACUAGAAUACGGGGUUAUAGUAGAAGCUUUACAAUACUUUAUUCACUCAGAAAACUCUCCGAUUUACAUACAUUGUUUCAACGGUGGGCAAGUUACUAGUUUGGUUGUAGCAUGCCUUCGAAAACUCCAGUUUUGGUCUUCAAUUACUAUUUUCAAUGAGUUUAUUAAUUUCACUUCCAACAUUACAGUAAAUGACAGAAGCUUCGUGGAGGGCUUCAAGGCUGACAUACAUGUAAAUCAGGAAACAAAGGUUGAUUGGCUAUGGAUGGGAAUGAGCCGAGGUGUCGUCGGAAAUCAUCCAAACAUACGAGUAAUAGAGCAGCAGAAGGCAGAGAGAAUCCUAUAG